UGAAAAUAAAAGUUUUCAGGACUUGGGAGUUUCGGCGCCAUUAAAGACGUUCAAAAGUUUCAUCUGAGAGCUCUAAAAUCAGCGAGAGAGAGAGAGAGAGAGAGAGAGAUGUCCACAGAGAUCGCUCAUCUGCGACGGAGGUUGGUCGAGUUCACGAUUCAGUGUACUACCCAACUCGAACUUCCUCCGAUCGUUAAAUACUCAGCACUAUCGCUCUUCUUCGAUCGAUUUCGCCCGUCUGUUGUCAGAUUCUUACAAAAGAAGAAGAAAGCAGAACAUUGGCUAUUGCAACCAUUGACUGAAAGCAAUCUGCAGCUAUUUGCGUUAGUCUCCAUAUGGAUCUCUUGCAAAAUGCAUUGUUCCCGGGGUUUAUCGGUUCAGAGUCUAAAACCAUUGGGUGAUAAGAUGAUCACAGAGCAGCUCUUCACAGUUCGGGAUUUCCUGGAAGCAGAACUGGUUUUCCUGAAGGUUUUGAAAUUUGAGAUUGGCACUUUGAAUAUAGCUUAUACACUGCUUGAUGACCUUUUUAUCCAGUUCAAAGAAGUUGCAAAGGUUGGAGAACUUUUGGACUUUGAGGCAUGUAUGGAUAUGAUGGAUCUUCUUUAUAUGAAGGAGGAGACGUCCGUUCUUUAUCGUUCUUCCACAUCUUUGGCUGCUUCCAUUUUGGUCUCUUCUUACAUAAUAACCGUGCCUAAACAGCAGUGGGAUUUCCCUAUUCUCCCAUGGGUUAAAAUGGUGACAAAUAAGGAAGAAAAGGAGGUGGUGGAGCUUGUUGGAUACAUACUUUCCAAUGUCCUUUACUCUCACCCUUCCUAACACCUUAAACCCUACAGGGAUGGAUCGAUCGUUAUAGUUUUACAUACUACCGUGUGGAUUUAUGCUUCACAAGGCAAUGACGGUUGUAAUGCGACAGACCAGGCAUGUGAGUUACUACAUAGCCACUUCGAUCCAUAUAAAAUAGUUAAUACUUAUUUUCACCUGCAUAAAUGUGCUAAUUUAUUGUAACUCCUAAAUGAUAUUGGUACUCUUACUCUGCAUAUUUGUCCUUACUGUACCACAUUAGAUUUUGUCUUCUCCAAAUAUCCUCGAAUAAUUAGUAG